UUAUUCUUAAAACAAGCGGGAUUUCGUGUAAAUCGUGUCAAAAAAGGUAAAUGAGGCGCAUGAUCAAGAAAUCCGUGUGUGCAAAUAACGUGUUAUGGAUCCAACAGAGAUUUUGCCGAUGCGAAGCGAUCUCCUUCUUAAAAUUUUACGCGCUCUUAAGCUUUUCCCUGUAAGCGUUGCACGUGUUUAUAUUCUAAAACAGGGAUCUAGACUAAGCAGCGGCGUAAAAUAAAAUCGGCAUAAACUACCCCAUCUGCUGCAACUCGAUAUCCGCUUGCAUCAUCAAGCGUGAUUGGCCGGCUGUAGAGGCUGGUAGCGAUGUGGGUGGAGCGCUCGUCAACUUCCGCUGUUUUUCCGAUUGAGCCAAGUUUGCUAAACAUGCGAUGACGUCCGACAGCGCGCUUAUUCACUUUAUUGAUCAAUAAUCCGCAGUUCUCCACUCGGAAUUCCCAACCAUUAUUUAAACCCUGUGCGAGGUUCUUUCAAUUUUAUGUUUUCUGCAUCUUUUAUGAUAUUAUCGGAAUCCAGUACGCGUGAUGCGGUAUUGAUCGGUUUCCUCAUCCUGACUAAGUUCCGUAAGACUUUGCUUGUUUUGUGACUUGUCGGAUCGAAGCAGCGUUAAGCUUAUUGGUUUUCGCUCCUGUUGUGUUGUGAGUCUUGUCUUCGGUUUUUAAUUCUACUAGCGUGGUUCCCAAGAGGUUUCCUGGGAUAAGAAUCGUUCUUUUCGAGUCCAGUGCAGUUUUGUACGGUGAAUUUUCUUCCUUUCGGGGUUGGCAUCGCAUCAGCAUGUCAUUGCAGCUAUUAGAGAAGAAAGGAGAAAACCGGACGAGUAACCAAAAAACCACGAACAGUCUGGCAUAUGAAGAGUACGAGAUCACUGCCAACCACCUUCGCGAGCGCACAAAGCACCGCCCCAGAGUGGCCAUUAUCUGCGGAUCCGGUUUGGGCGGGCUGGCUAACACGCUGGACGAGGCGGACGUACUGGAGUACGAAAGCAUUCCCAAUUUCCCUGUUAGCACAGUGUUUGGUCACGCGGGACGUCUGGUGUUCGGAUUAAUUGGGGCUGUUCCAGUCGUCUGUAUGCAGGGCCGCUUCCACAGCUACGAAGGUUAUCCCUUAUGGAAGAUUACAUUCCCUAUUCGCAUUUUCAAACUCCUCGGCGUGGAUACACUGAUCGUCACCAACGCAGCCGGUGGCCUGAAUCCAUCCUACGCAGUGGGUGAUAUUAUGCUGAUCAAGGAUCACAUCAACUUCGCUGGAUUUGCCGGCGUCAAUCCGCUGUGUGGCGUGAACGAUGAACGUUGGGGUCCGCGAUUUCCUCCCAUGAGCAAUGCCUAUGACAAGAAGCUGCGCAAGAUCGCCAAGGAAGUGGCCGAAGAGCAGGGAUACGGGGACUACUUCAAGGAGGGCGUCUACGCCAUGGUCGGGGGCCCCAAUUUCGAGACGUCGGCCGAGGCCAGGAUGCUGCGGGCGGUGGGCUCUGACGCCGUCGGAAUGUCCACUGUUUCGGAAGUGAUUGUGGCGCGUCAUUGCGGCAUGCAUGUGCUCGGCAUGUCCCUAAUCAGCAAUCUAGUCGUGCAGGACGAGCACUCGGACGAAACGGCCAACCAUCACGAGGUGCUGGCCAUUGGUCUGCAGCGUGCCAAAGACCUGCAGAAUCUCGUUAGCGGCAUCGUCGACAAGAUUACCGCCUGAAUCUCCCUUUGUAGUCGCCUUUUCGGUCGCCUGCUGGCCAUUUCAUUCCUGUGAAGAGAUGCGGUGUAGAUAAUGUUUGAAGAAUUAUUUUUGGUUUGAUCUUUGUUGAGCAGAGGUUUUCAUCGUGCGCAUGACUGACUCAUUUGGAUGUUCUUUAAAUAAUUUAUUCAUAAUAUGUUAAACGGGUUCUGCGUCGGUCGAAAACACAAAAUCACAAAUACGCCGGAAGGGCGAUCCCACGGUCAUUUAGCAUUUACUUGAUUCUGAUGAACGCAAGCUCUAAUGAAAAAAAGAUGGAAUUCCUAGCAGGUUGUUGUCCUGAGUUUAAGCGCGUUUAUAUAACUGUGAAAUGUGUCCUACAAUAAGUCCGAUCAUACGAUUUCCAUACUCCAG